CGCAAGUGAUAUUUCAGCCUGGAAAGGCGAACGACCGGAUUUUAAUUCAGUUUCUCAAGUAAACCACAUUUAUAAAUGUUAUCACCGCGAAUUUUGCUCCUCUGCACAAUCGCUGGGCUGCAAUUGCUAGCCUAUGCAGAUGGUGAUCCCAUGAUAGAGGUCUUCAGAUGGAAACAAAUGGACUUUUACAAUCGCGGGGAUGGAUAUAAGGACUUGUGGAGCAGGCUCUGCAUACCAGAUCCGCAUGUGUACAAUUCCCGUACAUGUUUGGGUGCUUCUGGUUCCGCUGCCAAUCUAAAUGGAUCCUUUAUCCAAUACAACAAUGUGCCCCAGGGUGUAACUCACUUCCGAGGACGCCUCUUUAUACGACACACGACGGGCAUCCCGUCCACCUUAAACUACAUCGAUCUGGCCAAGGAUGGUUGGAGCCAGAGUCCCAAUCUUCGGGCCUAUCCCAACUUUGAGUUGAAUCAGUUCAAUAGGAGUGCGGAAAAUCUGGUUUCCGUCUACAGGACCUCAGUAGAUGCCUGCCAGCGCCUUUGGUUCGUCGACACCGGGAUGCUGGAGUAUCCCAAUAACCGCCAGCAAAUCCGGCGUCCCAGCAUUUGGGUCGUUGACCUGGCCACCGAUCGAGUGCGAAAGCGCUUCGAGAUUCCACUGAACAUAGUGGAGGUUGGACGUGGACUAGCCAGCAUCACCAUCGAUGUGGAUGCGCGGAAGUGCGGUGAUGCCUACGCCUAUUUACCGGAUCUAGUCAAUCGCCAGUUGCACGUUUAUCACCUGCGAACCGAUAGAAUUUGGUCCUUCAACCACACCGCUUUUAACUUUGAUCCGCUUUCCGAUGAUCUGAACAUUGGCGGGCAGACCUUCCGCUGGGAUGAUGGCAUUUUCUCGACUACUUUGGGACCCCAUCAACCGGAUGGCAGUCGGGAUGUCUACUUUCACGCCAUGGCCAGCACGAAUGAGUUUGUGGUAUCCAAUCGGGUCCUUCAGCAGGAGUCCAAUGCAGCACGCUCCGAUCACGGCAGUGAUUUCCGGCUCCUAGGAACCCGCGGACCAUCCACACAGUCCACGAUGCACAAAUACGAUCCGUGCACCGGAGUAAUCUUCUUCGCCGAGGUCCAGAGAAGCGGAGUGGGUUGCUGGAAGACCAGCAAGCCGUUCUCAAUUGAAAACCAUGGAUCUGUUUACUCCAAUGCUACGGAAAUGAUUUACCCCAGCGACUUGACGAUUGACGAGGAGGGCACCAUUUGGGUCAUGUCCAACUCCAUGCCCAUCUUUGUCUAUUCGACGCUGGACAAGGAGAAGUACAACUUUAAAAUCUGGAAGCAAAAGGCAUCGCUGGCCAAGAGGGGAACAGUUUGCGAGUGA